CAAGUUAUCUGUCGGUUUGUAAAUAGUGCUACUAAUACGUUGAUUGACUGAGUUAACCACGAUGUUUCGGUUUUGCUUCCUUGUGAUGGCUGCUAUCGCUGAAGUUGUCGUCCUGGCGGACGUAACGCCCCGCCGGGAUGCUGAGUACCCUCCUCCAGAGUUGCUAGAAGCGAUGAAACCAAUUCAUGACAUUUGCGUGGGAAAAACUGGAGUUACAGACGAGGCCAUCAAGGAGUUUAGCGACGGUCAGAUCCACGAGGACGAGAAGCUCAAGUGUUACAUGAAUUGCUUGUUCCAUGAGGCCAGAGUUGUCGAUGACAAUGGCAAUGUGCAUCUGGAGAAGCUACACGAAUCGCUGCCGAACUCGAUGCACGACAUCGCGCUGCACAUGGGAAAACGGUGCCUCUAUCCGGAAGGGGAGAAUCUGUGCGAGAAGGCAUUCUGGCUGCACAAGUGCUGGAAGCAGGCCGAUCCAAAGCACUAUUUCCUUGUUUAAACUGUGGAACUGCGGCGAAAACUAAGAUAAUUCUCUUCAACUGUUUCGCUGAUACUUUAACGUUUUUUUCUGGACAUAGUAUUCCAGUAAAAGGAAAACGUUCUAAUUUUGAGAAUCAGCUGACAGGAUAAUGAAGAGCAAUUUGCUUAGUUCCAGUCUUAGGUAGAGCUUAAUUUUAAGGAACAGCACUUAGAUUGUGUGACUAACCAACUUUUGAAAUUGUUUACUAACCCAGAAUCAAGGAAAAGAAAUAAACAAAUCUUCCAAACAAAA